UACUCUGCUAUUCUCUCCAAAAAGGAAGCAGUCUACCGAUGCCUCACCGCCUGACUCCGGCUCCCACUCGGGGGAUCAGAGAGGCGCAGGCGUCCAACCGCACCAAAUAGACAAGAGCUUCACUCUCUCGGAUAAAAGAAAUGGAUCGGCAAAACGGAUUCUAUCGGCACGUCGACGUCCAGGACCACGUUCACUACAUCGUGGCCUUUUUUGUCCUGGUGAUCGGAACAGUGGGGGUGACCGGCAACGCCCUGGUCAUGUAUGCAUUCUUCUGCAACAAAAAGCUACGCACUCCUCCAAACUUCUUCAUCAUGAACCUGGCGAUCAGUGACUUCCUCAUGGCCAUCACUCAGUCUCCCAUCUUCUUUGUCAACUCCCUCUACAAGGGCUGGAUUUUUGGCGAAACAGGCUGUAAGGUCUACGCCUUCUGCGGAGCUCUGUUUGGCAUCGCGUCCAUGAUCAACCUGCUGGCUAUCUCCUUGGAUCGCUACAUCGUCAUCACCAAGCCUCUGCAGGCCUUACAGUGGACCUCCAAGCGACGCACUUGCUACAUCAUCUGCCUGGUCUGGCUCUACUCUUUUGCCUGGAGCCUGGCGCCUCUUCUGGGCUGGAGUUCUUACAUACCGGAGGGCCUGAUGACCUCGUGCACAUGGGACUAUGUGACGUCGACGCCUGCCAAUAAAAGCUACACACUGAUGCUAUGCUGCUUUGUCUUCUUCAUCCCCCUGGGCAUCAUAUCCUACUGUUAUCUGUGCAUGUUCCUGGCCACCCGCCAUGCAAGCAGGGAAGUGGAGAAGUUGGGCUCUCAGGUGAGGAAGACCACCCUGAUUCAGCAGCAGACCAUCAGGACGGAGUGGAAGCUGGCGAAGAUCGCCUUUGUGGUGAUCAUCGUGUUUGUGCUCUCCUGGUCACCCUAUGCAUGCGUCACCCUCAUUGCCUGGGCUGGAUACGCCAGUGUCCUGAACCCCUACUCCAAAGCCGUGCCCGCCGUCAUAGCCAAGGCCUCGGCCAUCUACAACCCUUUCAUCUACGCCAUCAUCCACUCCAAAUACAGGGACACCCUGGCUGCGAAAGUGCCGUGUCUGCACUUCCUUGCCCAGGCUAGCCCACGGCGGGACUUCAUGUCGGUGUCGCAUAGCCAGUCCUCCUUCAGAGACUCAACACUCAGCCGGCAGUCGUCCCUGUCCAAAAACAAGUUUUUCCAGGUUUCUUCCUCAGUAUCCACAAUAGACACUGUUUGGAGCGACGUGGAGCUGGAUCCAAUGGACCAGAGCCGUUGUCUGAGGUCCAGCUAUUCCCUCGGAGCCCUGAAGGAGACGGAACAGAGACCACGAUGUCAAGACAGACACCCGUUCUAGAGCUCUAAGCGCACAAUCAAAAUAUGUGACUUGAGUCGGUCAACAUGGUCAUGCUCCAGGCCUGGGGGGAGGGAAGGCCAGCAGGAGCCCGAAGCCUGGAAUGAAGAUAAGCACCUGGCAGAUCAAGAGGAGGAUGGCUAAACAUGAAGCAAAGAUGGCGCCGGCUUAAGGACAGAGGAAAGGAAAUGAGACCGUGAUGUCGGGGGGGCCUCGCCCAGCCGGACUCUGUUGGGACAGAACUCCUCCUGGACUCCACCCCGGAGCUGCUGGACUGUGGAGUUUGUGCGGAAAACAAGGAGCAAAGAGAAGAUGGAGUCUAAGUUAACUCUUGGGAGUCAUCAAGUUGAUUGUUGAAUAGCAUAUCUCCUCAAAUGGUGGCCUCCCCUCCUUAGACACUCUUCCCCAAAAAGCAAAUAAACGCCACACCUCAAAUACAAACCCCGUUUCCAUAUGAGUUGGGAAAUUGUGUUAGAUGUAAAUAUAAACGGAAUACAAUGACUUGCAAAUCAUUUUCAACCCAUGUUCAAUUGAAUGCACUACAAAGACAACAUUAUUGAUGUUCAAACUCAUAAACUUUAUUUUUUUUUUGCAAAUAAUAAUUGACUUAGAAUUUCAUGGCUGCAACACGUGCCAAAGUAGUUGGGAAAGGGCAUGUUCACCACUGUGUUACAUCACCUUUUCUUUUAACAACACUCAAUAAACGUUUGGGAACUGAGGAAACUAAUCGUUGAAGCUUUGAAAGUGGAAUUCUUUCCCAUUCUUGUUUUAUGUAGAGCUUCAGUCGUUCAACAGUCCGGGGUCUCCGCUGUCGUAUUUUACGCUUCAUAAUGCGCCACACGUUUUCAGUGGGAGACAGGUCUGGAGUGCAGGCGGGCCAGGAAAGUACCCACACUCUUUUUUUACGAAGCCAUGCUGUUGUAACACUUGUCUUGCUGAAAUAAGCAGGGGUGUCCAUGAUAACGGUGCUUGGAUGACAACAUAUGUUGGUCCAAAACCUGUAUGUACCUUUCAGCAUUAAUGGUGCCUUCACAGAUGUGUAAGUUACCCAUGCCUUGGGCACUAAUACACCCCCAUACCAUCACAGAUGCUGGCUUUUGAACUUUGCAACUAUAACAAUCCGAAUGUUUUUUUUCCUCUUUGUUCUGGAGGACACCACGUCCUCUGUUUCCAAAUAAUAAUUCGAAAUGUGGACUCGUUAGACCACAGAACACCUUUCCACUUUGCAUCAGUUCAUCUUAGGUGAACUCGGGCCCAGCCAAGCCGGCAGCGUUUCAGGAUAUUGUUGAUAAAUGGGUUUGGCUUUGCAUAGUAGAGUUUUAACUUGCACUUACAGAUGUAGCGACCAACUGUAGUUACUGACAGUGGUUUUAUGAAGUGUUCCUGAGCCCAUGUGGUGAUAUCCUUUACACACUGAUGUCGGUUUUUUCAUGCAGUACAGCCUGAGGGAUCAAAAGUCCGUAAUAUCAUCGCUUACGUGCAGUGAUUUCUCCAGAUUCUCUGAACUUUUUGAUGAUUCUACGGAGCGUAGAGGGUAAAAUCCCUAAAUUCCUUGCAAUGGCUCGUUGAGAAAUGUUGUUCUAAAACUGUUCGACGAUUUGCUUACAAAGUGGUGACCCUCGCCCCAUCCUUGUUUUUGAAUUACUUAGCAUUUCAUGGAAGCUGUUUUUAUACCCAAUCAUGACACCCACCUGUUCCCAAUUAGCCUGCACACCUGUGGGAUGUUCCAUUUAAGUGUUUGAUGAGCAUUCCUCAACUUUAUCAGUAUUUAUUGCCACCUUUCCCAGCAUCUUUGUCACGUGUUGCUGGCAUCAAAUUCUAAAGUUAGUGAUUAUUUGCAAAAAAAAAAAUGUUUAUCACUUUGAACAUCAA